GCCCUGCACAUUUAGACUAAUAUGGAAGUAGCGAAUGAUCAAAUAUUUUAGAAUUUUUAGUUGAUGAUAAAAAUUGUAAUAUGAAAAAAAAAAAUAUAUUAUUAUUAAAUCUCUAUUAUUUUCUCCUAUAAAUACAUCUCUUUACCAACCCAAGAAACUCAAGAACUGCCUUAUUCUUCUUCUUGUAUUGUUUGGUCAUUAAAUAACAUUUUAGCAAUGGCAGGUGACAACCAAGGUAAGAAAACCAAAGGCAGGCAAAAGAUAGAGAUGAAGAAGAUUGAGAACGAAGAUGAUAGGCUUAUCACUUUUUCAAAACGUAGGUCUGGGAUCUAUAAAAAAGCUAGUGAACUUGUCACUCUCACCGGUGCAGAACUAGCAUUCUUGGUGUAUUCACCAGCUGGUAAGCCUUUUUCCUUUGCUCAUCCUUCUAUGGAUGCAAUUACUAAUCGCUUUUUUGGCCAAGGAUCAGCAGAUAGAAACAACAACCCCACCACACAUCCUCUCAUUGAAGCCCACAGGCUUAUGAGGAUUGAAGAGCUGAACCAACAGCACAAUGAGCUGCUUCGCCAACUCGAGAUAGAGAAGGAGAAAGGCAAACAACUGAAGCAGAAGCACAAAAAGAAUAAUGAGAGAAAGGGAUGGUGGGAUACCCCUAUUGAGGAGCUGAACGUCCCGGAGCUGCUCCAAAUGGAGGCCGCUUGUAAGGAAAUCAGGACGAGCUUGAUCAACAAACUCAAAGAGAAGACUAAUAAUGGAGCUUCUUCUGCUGCUGCCGCUGCUGGUGGCGUUGGUGGUGUUGCUAUUGCUGGUCAUCCUCCUACUACUGAUCAUUAUUCUGCUCAUAUGAUCAAUCCAUUUGCCUCCACUGUUGCUAUUAAUCCAAACAACCCAUCUGUGUUUACUCCUGGAUUUGAUUAUGGGCACGGUCAAAUCUAAAUCAUUUAGCAACUCCACCAUGAUGGAAAUUCAGUUUGAAUAAGUUCAUUCUCAUUAGGGU